UCAGCAGUUCUCAUGCUCUUCUCUACAUUUCCAUCAUAUGAUUUCCAUUUUCUUAAGAACUUUUCACAUCCCUAUAUAUAAAUACCUAAGCCAACCCAGCUAAAAUCAUCAGUCUUCAGUCGCUGUACACCAGAUUUUUAGAGGUGAAAGUUGAUAAAAAAAAAAAAAAAAAAAACACAUUCUUCUCAAUUUUUUCUGACAUGGGGAUUCAACUGAUGGGGAUUGCUCAUGCCAAGCAAAAGCUUCAACGCAGUCUAUCAGCUAAAAUUGCAAGUGUUUUAGCUACUUCACACAAUGUUCCUAAAGGCCACAUUGCUGUCUACGUCGGAGAAGGCUACAGAAAGAGAUUUGUUAUUCCAAUUUCGUACUUGAACCACCCUUUGUUCUUGGAGCUGCUACACCGUGCUGAGGAAGAAUUUGGAUUCGAUCAUCCAAUGGGUGGUCUUACAUUACCCUGCACUGAAGAUUACUUCACUUUUCUAACUUCAGUCUUGAGUUGCUCUUGAAAGGGAAGCGUUUCCGUUGCCGGAAUUAUUAUAUCGAUCAACAAUUCUUACUUACAUCUGGGUGUACAUGCAAAAUUAUUCAUAUAGUUAAUUUGGUCCUCUGAAGUGGGAAACAAUUUGAUACAACAAUAAUUCUGUCUCAAUUUAGGUUUUUUUUUUUUUUUCAAUUAUAUUUGGAGGUUAAUAUAAUUUUGUAAAUCAAUUCUAUGUUUAGAAUUCCAAAAAGGGAAAAAAAAUGAGGUAUUCAAUCAUUUGCUUGCCAUUAAAUCUGUUCUAUUACCUUCUUAGGUUAAUUGUCUAACAUGAAUUGCACAAGCCAGAACAGAACAAGUAGGAAAAUUGUCUUUGGUGUUGUUUACAAAGAUUAAUCAAUGUGACGUG